CCAUGCCUGUUACGCACAACGCUGUGUACAUGCUGCUGAGGUUAUUAGGCAUCCACAACUCAGUGACACUAUGGUGCGCAGUGAUGAGCGAGCAUAAGGUGCUUUUAGUGUCGCUUGCUGCCGCUCGCCUGGCCGCCGCCUGCAGGGCGCUAGCGGCUCUUAUGUUCCCGUUUAGAUACGCACACGUGUAUAUACCGCUACUGCCUGCUGGUUUGGCUGAGGUACUGGCAACGCCCACGCCGUUCCUGAUUGGGGUGCAUUCGAGUUUGAAGGAAGAGGUUUCGGAAUUGCUGGACGUAAUAGUGGCUGACUUAGACGUGGGUUCCCUCCACAUCCCGGCGGGUGUGAAUAUCCCGCUACCCUCAGGGUCACUUCUGACGUCACUGCAAGCGGCGCUGGCGCUGGUACUACAACCGGAGCUGCGCUGCGCAGACUCGGCCUUCGCCCCGCCGCCGCCGCGCGCGUCACCACCACAUAUGCGGGAUAAGGAGAUCCGAGCGGUGUUUAUGAGGACACUGGCUAGGCUACUGCAGGGUUAUAGACACUGCCUGACCAUCAUCCGCAUCCACCCAUCACCCGUGCUGACAUUCCACAAGCUCGGCUUCGUGGGACGGCGAGGGCUCGCAGCGUGUCCCUUCGCGCUGCGACUCCUGGACUCCAUGUUCUUCAGCGGGCUGGUCAGCGAGCGCGGCCCGCCCUGGCGGCCCACCGACGUGUGGGACGAGCUGCUGCACACGCCGGGCUCCGUCGGCGCGUGUCCCUUCGCGCCUGGACUCCUGGACUCCAUGUUCUUCAGCGGGCUGGUCAGCGAGCGCGGCCCGCCCUGGCGGCCCACCGACGUGUGGGACGAGCUGCUGCAAAACCUACCGGAACAGCUGCGACUGGAGUCCCUUAAUCCAGAACUAGAGCUGCAGCACAUCCAGGACCUCGCCAUGCAAUUACACCUCAACGAGAACCCCAACCCACAGGUGUCCUCAUUGCAGGCGUAUCAGCAGCGCAUCCUGCGACCACCAGAGGGCGCCUCAUCACGCAUCCACCAGCCGCCUCUGCCUACCCUGGACUCAGCAAGAGUGCAUGAGCUUAUACAGGAGCUGACAGCGAGGAACGCAAAUGGCGCCAAGACUAAUGGGCGCCCCUCUCGCAACCAGCAGCUGACGCUGAACUCCGCCCGAGUGCAUGAGUUCAUACAGGAGCUGACAGCGAGGAACGAGCGCCUUUCCCGCUUCUACCUGCCGACCCUCGACUCGGCAAGAGUGCAUGAGCUUAUACAGGAGCUGACAGCGAGGAACGCAAAUGGCGCCAAGUUGGCAGCACUGCGGCCGCCGCAGCCGCGUAUCGUGGCACCGGGGGCGCCGCCCUCAGGAGCGCCUGAGAUGGAGCAAGUAUUAGUCACAAACUCUGCACGGAGGCUUGAGGUGGUCCGCGGCUGCGUGUCUGCUAUCUUCGAGUGCCGCUACGCCGACGCGCGCAAAUCAUUACCAGCUGUAUUACGCGCGCUGCGGGCGCACGCGGCACGCGCUGCCCUCGUGCGAGCCCUGGCCGCACGCCUGCCCACCGCCAAGCACCUGCUGCACCACCACCAGUUCGAGCUGCUUGUCAGACUGAUGAACUGUGCACUGCAGUCGGCCACUGCACUGGACGAGCACUCCAUAGCGGCGGCCAUGCUGCCUCUAGCCACUGCCUACUGCAGAAAACUGUGCACCGGGGUCAUACAAUACGCGUACAUGUGCAUACAGGAGCACCCAGUAUGGACCAGCCAACAGUUCUGGGAGGCGGCGUUCUACCAGGACGUGCAAAGGGACAUCAAGGCGCUAUACCUGCCCAGUCCUACCCACCAUCAAAGGGUGCCCAGUCCCAGGGACGACGACGACUACAUAUCUCUACUGAAAGCGCAAGAGCCCAGCGCGUUAGAGAUUGCAGCGGAACAAAUGAGACUGUGGCCUACCCUACCUCCAGAAAAACAAAAAGAACUUAUAGCAAGCGAAGAGUCCACAUUAUACAGCCAAGCGAUACACUACGCCAACCGGAUGGUGUAUCUCCUUCUGCCGCUAGAGGGUGCCGGCCGCCGCGCUGACGUCAGAGGCGACGAUGACAGAGCAAGCAAUAGUAUUACUAACAGCAAGUUGGUGAAGCAAGCGAUACACUACGCCAACCAGAUGCUGUAUCUACUUCUGCCGCUAGAGAGCGCCGGUCGCCGCGCUGACGUCAGAGGCGACGAUGACAGAGCAAGCAAUAGUAUUACUAACAGCACGUUGGUGAAGCAAGCGAUACACUACGCCAACCAGAUGCUGUAUCUACUUCUGCCUCUAGAGUGCGCCGGUCGCCGCGCUGACGUCAGAGGCGACGAUGACAGAGCAAGCAAUAGUAUUACUAACAGUGUGGCGGAGUCAGACAGUGCGGACGCCGAAUCGGGCUUCGAGGAGGCGGAUCCGGGCGAGGCGGGAAACAACGUCAUCAGGAUGGUCUCCCGGUUUGUGGACAAAGUGUGUACGGAAGGCGGCGUGACGGCAGAACACGUUCGCUGUUUACAUCAGAUGGUGCCGGGAGUGGUGCAUAUGCACCUGGAAACUCUGGAUGCCGUAGCGAGGGAGAGCCGGCGGUUGCCGCCUGUUCAAAAGCCUCGAAUAGUAGCCCCGACGCUGGUACCGGGCGAAGCAUUAGCGGGACCAGCGCUACGAGCUUUCCUGGUACCAGAUGGCCGGCCCGCGCCGCUGCUACCGGCAGAAGGCGCUCUGUUCCUCACCAACUACCGCCUAGUGUUCAAGGGCACGCCCACUGACCCCUUCGCCUGCGAACAGACGGUGGUCAGAUCGUUCCCUCUGUGUUCGUUGACGAGGGAAAAAGCAGUCCGAACGCACUACCUGCCUCAUUUAGAACAAGCUUUACAUGAAGGGCUACAACUGCGGUCCGCUACCUUCCAGCUGAUCAAGGUGGCCUUAGACGAGGAGGUGAGCAGCGAGCAAGCCGAAGCGUUCCGUAAACAACUCGCCAGGCUACGGCACCCGCAACACCCGUUGAUGCACUUCGCGAUGGCUCCGCGCCCCGUGCCGCCGCCUGCUGCUCAUCAACCCAAACAUCACACGCUCAAAGGUUUUGCGAAAAAGACUUUACUGAAGACAGCGCGGAAAGCGGGGCUCAAGCCGAAGCCGUCCAAACGCCAGAAGUACGUGCUGCCGUCAGCUGACGCGCGGUCGCUGACCUCGCCGCCUCUGAUGUCCUCACUUUCAGCGGAUACAUUGUCGCUGGAAGAGCUAGAAUUGGCCAGUGAGUCAGGCGAGCCGGCGGCGGGACGGACGCUAGAGAGAUUGCGGGACAGAGCGUACGCGCGGGAUUGGGCGCGGCUGGGACUGGCCUCGUCACCCUUCCGGCUGUCCCACGCGAACGCUGUUUACACUUUAUGUAGAAGCUACCCAGCUGUGAUACCAGCGCCAGAGAGCAUCGGCGACGAGUCUCUGCGGCGCGUCUCGCGCUGCUACCGGCAAGGCAGGCUGCCUGUCUUGACGUGGCGGCACCCCACUACACACGCCAUUCUGUCCAGAUCAGCAGCGUCCCAUCACAAAGGCGUUAUGGGCAUGCUGAAAGGGACGCAUCAAACCCCCGGCCCCACGCAAAGUGGCACCGAAACCACAUCUAGUUUAGAACAGGAACGGUACUUAGCCACGUUGGUGGCUCUAACCCCAGCCUCCAGAGGGGAUCUGGAAGACUCGUCACUCAGUCUGGACUCUCUACUGCUCUGCUGCGACGACACCCAGCCGCCCACGCAUACACCGCUGCUUACGAAAGCAGCUGGCACGUUGAGUGUGCUUCGCAACAGCGGGGGCAAAGGGGGCGUGGCCACGGGCGCGGCCGCGGCCACCACGGGCCGGCACUUUGGUCGCUGGGGCUCGCUCAAGGACCGCCGCCAGCCGUCCCAUCUGGACCUGUACGCGCCGAGACAGCGGCUGUCCACUGCUGACGUCGACUCCGGUACGUGUGUACUUAUGACAAGGCGGCGUGACGCAAGCCGGGCGCGGCCACUCGGGCGCUGGGGCUCGCUCAAGGACCGCCGUCAGCCGUCCCAUCUGGACCUGUACGCGCCGAGACAGCGGCUGUCCACUGCCGACGUCGACUCCGGUACGUGUGUACUUAUGACAAGGCGGCGUGACGCAAGCCGGGCGCGGCCACUCGGGCGCUGGGGCUCGCUCAAGGACCGCCGUCAGCCGUCCCAUCUGGACCUGUACGCGCCGAGACAGCGGCUGUCCACUGCCGACGUCGACUCCGGUACGUAUACUUAUGACAAGGGAACGUGUCACCAAGCGCCGGCGCGGCCACCACGAGCCGGCACUUCGGGCGCUGGGGCUCGCUCAAGGACCGCCGCCAGCCGUCCCAUCUGGACCUGUACGCGCCGAGACAGCGGCUGUCCACUGCCGACGUCGACUCCGCCGGGCGCGGCCACCACGGGCCGGCACUUCGGGCGCUGGGGCUCGCUCAAGGACCGCCGCCAGCCGUCCCAUCUGGACCUGUACGCGCCGAGACAGCGGCUGUCCACUGCCGACGUCGACUCCGUCUCCGGCGACACGGGCGUAGCGCGACGGGCAUCCUUAUACGUGGUAACAGAAAAGGGCGUGGCGUGCGCAUUAGCGGGCACGGAGUUAGUACCAGCGGAGUACCCGGAGGCGCGCCACGCCAAGCACGCCUUCAAGAAGCUCAUGCGCGCCGCCGUGCCUUCCGCGCCGCCUGCUCAACUGCCUGACCAUAAGGGAUUCCUGAGGCCAGGCUCAUCUCUAUACGUGGUAACGGAGAAGGGCGUGGCGUGCGCAUUAGCGGGCACCGAGCUAGUCCCCGCGGAGUACCCGGAGGCGCGCCACGCCAAGCACGCCUUCAAGAAGCUCAUGCGCGCCGCCGUGCCUUCUGCGCCGCCUGCACAACUGCCUGACCAUAAGGGCUUCCUCAGCACCACUAGCACGCCUUCAAGAAGCUCAUGCGCGCCGCCGUCCCUUCUGCGCCGCCUGCACAACUGCCAGACCAUAAGGGCUUCCUCAGGCUUCCUCAGGCCAGGCUCAUCUCUAUACGUGGUAACGGAGAAGGGCGUGGCGUGCGCAUUAGCGGGCACGGAGUUAGUACCAGCGGAGUACCCGGAGGCGCGCCACGCCAAGCACGCCUUCAAGAAACUCAUGCGCGCCGCCGUGCCUGCCGCGCCGCCUGCACAACUGCCAGACCAUAAGGGGUUCCUCAGGCUGAUAGAAGAAUCCGGCUGGCUGUGGCAGCUGAGGCAGCUGUUCCAGCUGUCUGGUGCCGUGGUGGACCUGCUCGACAUCCAGGGGUCUUCUGUCCUGCUCUCGCUUGAAGACGGCUGGGACGUCACUGCACAGAUAUCAUCGCUAGCGCAGAUCUGCCUGGACCCGUACUACCGGACCCUCGAAGGCUUCCGGAUCCUAGUAGAGAAGGAGUGGCUGGCCAUGGGCCACAAGUUCCAGCAACGCAGCAACAUCGCAGCGACGCCGCAGCAGGGAUUCACGCCCACCUUCCUUAUGUUCCUGGACGCGGUACACCAGUUGCAGAAGCAGUUCCCGCUAUCGUUCGAGUUCAACGAGUACUACCUGCGUUUCGUGGCGUACCACAGCGUGUCUUGCCGCUUCCGGACCUUCCUGCUGGAUAGCGAGGCGCAGCGAGCGGAGCUUGGGAUCACGGCGGCGGACGACAAGCGAGCUGAUACUAGUCGACUGUUCAACGGGUACCAUCUGCGUUUCGUGGCGUACCACAGCGUGUCUUGCCGCUUCCGGACCUUCCUGCUGGAUAGCGAGGCGCAGCGAGCGGAGCUUGGGAUCACGGCGGCGGACGACAAGCGAGCUGAUACUAGUCGACUGGGCGUAGAAACAGGCGCGGGCUCAGAAGAGGAAUGCGUGGGCGGGGUGCCCAUGGGCCCCGGCGGCGCGGCGGGGGCCGCUGGGUCCUACGGCAGCUCCCCUCGAGCCACCUUCGGCCAGUCGCUCUUCGACUACAUAGACAAGCAACACCAGAAGAGCCCGGUGUUCUACAACUUUCUAUACACGCCCGAUCUUGAUAAUCCGGUUCUUCGGCCGGUAUCAGCGAUCAACUGCUUAGAAGUGUGGCAGUACUACGUCAGCGAGGAGUUGAGCCAUGGAGCGCCCUACGACCUGGAAGCACUCACACCCACCACGCCUGACAUCGGCGAGCCGCAGCAGAGGCGCCUGGUCACCGCUGGCUAUGACAGCACGUGGCGAAGCAUGCCGGAUGCGUUCUCAGGACUGCUGGAGCGGUUGAGACAGCUGGAAUUAGAGCUGGGCCACUUGCCGCAGAAGUGGCGCGUGCGGUGGGACCAGCUUGAGCUGCCCAAUACACUGGAGCUGCAGCGAGUGUCCUCCAUGUCGUCGGGCGUGGUCAGACGCGCUACGCUAGCGGCACACAAACGCGGCACCCGCUCGCUGCUGGCGCGCGGCCGCCUCGCCGCCGCGCCGCCCGCGCCCGCCCACCGCUGGGCAACCGCCGCCUCCGCCGCGCCCGCGCGCUGCGACCAAUGCCAGGACCUGCUGUGGGGGCCGCUCAAGGUAGGCUCAUGGCACCGCUCGCUGCUGGCGCGCGGCCGCCUCGCCGCCGCGCCGCCCGCGCCCGCCCACCGCUGGGCAACCGCCGCCUCCGCCGCGCCCGCGCGCUGCGACCAAUGCCAGGACCUGCUGUGGGGGCCGCUCAAGGUAGGCUCAUGGCACCGCUCGCUGCUGGCGCGCGGCCGCCUCGCCGCCGCGCCGCCCGCGCCCGCCCACCGCUGGGCAACCGCCGCCUCCGCCGCGCCCGCCCGCUGCGACCACUGCCAGGACCUGCUGUGGGGGCCGCUCAAGGUAGGCUCAUGGCACCGCUCGCUGCUGGCGCGCGGCCGCCUCGCCGCCGCGCCGCCCGCGCCCGCCCACCGCUGGGCAACCGCCGCCUCCGCCGCGCCCGCCCGCUGCGACCAAUGCCAGGACCUGCUGUGGGGGCCGCUCAAGGUAGGCUCGUGGCACCGCUCGCUGCUGGCGCGCGGCCGCCUCGCCGCCGCGCCGCCCGCGCCUGCCCACCGCUGGGCAACCGCCGCCUCCGCCGCGCCCGCCCGCUGCGACCAAUGCCAGGACCUGCUGUGGGGGCCGCUCAAGGCGGGAGUGCGCUGCGUGGACUGCGGCGCGGCGUGCCACGAGCGCUGCGCCGACGCCUUCGCCCUGCCUUGUACUAAAUACAAGGCGCCGCCGCCGCCCGACCGCGAGCCGCACCUCGCCGUCACCAACAGCGUGUCAACCUUGCAGUCGUCAUCGCAGCAGUAUUACGAACAGUUCUCAUCAAACGUGGCCGAGAACAGAACGCACGAGGGACAUCUAUACAAGCGUGGUGCGCUACUCAAAGGCUGGAAGCAGAGAUGGUUUGUACUGGACUCGAUCAAGCAUCAACUUAGAUACUACGACGCGAUGGAAGAUUCCCAUUGUAAAGGAUUUAUUGAUCUGGCUGAAGUGAUAACAGUGACGCAGGCGCCGCCCGCGCCCGGCCCGCCCAAGAAGUGUGACGACAGAUCCUUCUUUGAUUUGCGCACUUCGCGGCGCACGUAUAACUUCUGCGCGAGCGACGCGACGGCUGCGCAAGAGUGGAUCGAGAAACUACAGGCCUGUCUGCAGUAAGAACAUUCACAGUGCAGUGCAAACCAGAGUAUGCAGCACUUCCAAUCAUGAAAUUCACAUUUGAAAAUCUACUAUAGGUCGCGCAACAAGAGUUGAGGCCAUCAACACAAGCAAAGAUUUGUAUCUGUAUACGUUGUGCGCUGACAUCUUGCGUAGUUGGACUUGCUUUUUGUCUCACUUGCAGAUAUUUAACAAGAGCGAGGUAGCUAGUGUAUUUGAACUUGGAUGUGUUGUUUUGUUUGUGUUCUGUAUUUCAAAUAUUACAUCAGUGUGAGUAACGUGUUCGUCUCAAUUUUCGUUGCGCGACCUAUAAUACCAUUAUUUUGUCAUCGUAAAGUGACAGUCAAAUGUCAAAUUUCAGUGUAACACGACUUUAAGUGUGCAAACGUCCCGUUAUUUCAUACUUAUGUGUAUGACAUAGCGUUGCAGGAUUCUUACGAUUAUACGAUUUUGUAUGAUUUGGUAUCAAACCGGUUUAUUAAGUGUAGCACUGGUAAAGGGAGUAAAAGAAACUGUAAUAAUUUUGUCACAUACAAAGUUAAAAGUGAUGCUUUCUAUAACUGUGUUCGUUCGUUGUUUUGAUAUCAGUGGUGUUUUGAUAGAUGUUGUAAAUAUGGUUUGUUUGAGAAAUCUCACGCGGGAGUCCAGUCUGGUUGACAAUGUGUUACAUUAUUUUGUAACACUAAUUCGACGUAUUACCUGAAUGUAUAUCCCAUGUUAGUACUUAUAGAGAUAUUUAUUUUCUGCCGUAUUUGGUUAGACAAAUAUACAAAAAAUAUACGAAUAUAAGUUCCAAUGUAUUAAUUUCAGCUCUGUACAUUAUCAGAAUUGAUAUAAUAUUACAGAGCGUUUAGUGAAGGUGAAAUAUUCGAUUUCAAAAUUUUCUUCCUAACAUUCCUACUGUCACAAAAACUUACACAAAUUAUAUUUUUAUAUGAAAGUAUUUUAUUGAUUUGCGCAG